AUGUCCGCUCCACAAGCUCAAGGUCAAGCUCCACGUAGAGGUGGUUUCGGUGGUGCCAGAGGUGGCAGAGGUGGUAGAAGAGGUGGUAGAAGAGACACCGAAGAAAAGGGUUGGGUUCCAGUCACCAAGUUGGGUAGAUUGGUGAAGGCCGGUAAGAUCUCUUCCGUCGAAGAAAUCUUCUUGCACUCUUUGCCAGUCAAGGAAUUCCAAAUCAUCGACCAAUUGUUGCCAAACUUGAAGGACGAGGUCAUGAACAUCAAGCCUGUCCAAAAGCAAACCAGAGCUGGUCAAAGAACUAGAUUCAAGGCCGUCGUCAUUGUUGGUGACUCCAACGGUCACGUUGGUUUGGGUAUCAAGACCGCUAAGGAAGUUGCUGGUGCCAUCAGAGCUGGUAUCAUCAUUGCUAAGUUGUCUGUUAUCCCAAUCAGAAGAGGUUACUGGGGUACCAACUUGGGUCAACCUCACUCUUUGGUCACCAAGACCUCUGGUAAGUGUGGUUCCGUUUCCGUUAGAUUGAUCCCAGCCCCAAGAGGUUCUGGUAUCGUCGCCUCCCCAGCCGUCAAGAAGUUGAUGCAAUUCGCUGGUGUUGAAGAUGUCUACACUUCCUCCACUGGUUCCACCAGAACCUUGGAAAACACCUUGAAGGCUGCUUUCGUCGCUAUCGGUAACACUUACGGUUUCUUGACUCCAAACUUGUGGGAAGUCCAACCUUUGACUCCUUCCCCAUUGGAUGUCUACGCCGACUACGCCAGUGCUUCCAAGAAGAAGUUGUAA